AUGGUCGCAAGGUUCUACAUACGCUUGAUAUUAUCUUUACUACUUUUGCCCCUGAUUCUGGCGCAGGAUUACUAUGCAAUACUGGAAAUAGACAAAGGUGCGUCCGAGAAGGAGAUCAAAUCUGCAUACAGACAAUUGUCCAAGAAAUUCCAUCCGGAUAAGAACGCUGGGAGUGAGGAGGCCCACCAGAAGUUCAUUGAAGUGGGUGAGGCCUACGAUGUGUUGAGUGACCCUGAAAAGAAGAAGAUUUAUGACCAAUUCGGUGCAGAGGCUGUAAAGAACGGCGGCGACGGUGCAGGUGGCCCCGGUGCAGGUGGAUUCCAUGAUCCGUUCGACAUAUUUGAGCGUAUGUUCCAAGGUGGCCAUGGUGGUACCGGCGGUGGGUUUGGCCAGAGACAGAGGCAACGUGGCCCCAUGAUCAAGGUCCAGGAAAAACUGUCUUUAAAGCAGUUUUAUUCUGGUUCCUCGAUUGAGUUCACCUUGAGUUUGAACGACGAAUGUGAUGUUUGUCACGGUAGUGGCUCCGCCGAUGGUAAAUUGGCGCAAUGUCCCGAUUGUCAAGGUCGUGGUGUCAUAAUACAAGUCCUGCGCAUGGGUAUUAUGACACAGCAGAUCCAGCAGAUGUGUGGCAGAUGUGGUGGUACAGGACAGGUAAUCAAGAACGAGUGUAAGACGUGUCACGGUAAUAAGGUCACCAAGAGGAACAAGUUCUUCCACGUUGACGUCCCACCGGGCGCACCAAGAAACUACAUGGAUACAAGGGCCGGUGAGGCUGAAAAGGGUCCAGAUUUUGAUGCAGGGGACCUGGUCAUAGAAUUCAAGGAAAAGGACUCGGAAAACAUGGGUUACAGAAGAAGAGGCGACAAUCUGUACAGGACAGAGGUUCUAUCCAUCGAGGAAGCCCUGUACGGCGGAUGGGAAAGAACGAUAGAGUUCCUUGACGAAAAUAAGCCCGUUAAACUAUCCAGACCCGCAUACGUAGGGGUCUCCAAUGGUGAGAUUGAAGUCAUGAAAGGGUUUGGUAUGCCCAAGGGUGGCAAGGGCUACGGUGAUUUGUACAUAGAUUACGUAGUCAUAAUGCCGAAGACACUCAAACGUGAGCAAACUCUGCUCAAGGACGAGUUGUAG